CAAGGGAGAUGCAUUUUCCUGCAAAGCAAUAAUUCUCAGCUAUACUACCUUAAUUAUCAUAAAUGUGUGCGGGACGUACGGAGACCAUAGUGAUGCAGGGAUUCUGCACUGCGAACUGACAACGUGCAAAGUGCCACUGCAUGGGCAGCAGACGUCUGGCCGAACGAAGGCAAGACAUCGUCAAAGAGCCAACGCAAUCCAAGGGCCCGAGAAAAGGGAUAUACUGAAUACGAUGGUGCACAGAUCAGAUGGUCCAAAUCUGUUAAAAUCUUAAAAGUUAUACCAAUAGGUUGGAUGGGAAACACGCCAGCGAGGUUGUAAAUAUUGCAGUUUGUUGACAAAAAUAAUUCUAAUUUCGCUGUGUGUGAGAUUCUUUAGCCAGUUUACUCGGGCCGGCGCGAAGGUGUGACCCAGAAAGAUGCUGUCCUGGGCGGUUGCUGAGUGGACACUAGGAGAGCCGGAAGCGCGCAUGUACAAUGAAUUCGUGUCGCCUUAUGGAUACGGCCGUGGUGCACCUAUGUUACGUGAUCUCUAUCCCUUCGUACCUCGGAUGUCGGCUAACUUCGAAGCCGAAGCGGCGCUGACGAAGGAAGACACCGAUGUGGGCUUUGCGCCGGCUCUUAAUCUCAACGUGGGCAUCGACAAUGUCACAUCGCUGCGGCUGAACAUCAACCGGAUGAGCAUCAAGAAAGCCGGCUACAGCUGCGGCAUUCCCGGCAGCGGCGUGGUGGAUCCCUUCGAACUGGGGAACAAGUACGUGAUGCCGGCCAAGAAGAAGGUCAAGCAUCGCCGCACCGCCAAGGAGUUUCCGGCGGCCACACGAAUGGCCAGUGAACUGCUGGAAGCGAGGGAGUUGAAAAAACGCGAUACCUUGCAGAACCGCGGCAAAGUGUCCAGAGCCAACGAGUUCUGUUGGCAGGUUAAGAUACGAAUCGAUUUGGCUAAUGGAACAACAAAACUCUGCGGUGGAACAAUUAUCGGCUCGAAAACAAUCUUAACAGCAGCUCAUUGUGUGGUUGACAGAACGCUGAAGAAACCCUUCCGCCCCUCGACUGUUACCGUGCAAGUGGGACAGGAUAGUCCGAACAGCGAAGAACUGCAGUGUGUAGAGAUCUAUCUGGCUGAGUUCAUCCUGCCGCAUCCUUCCUACGACAUCGGCUUGGAGGACAACGAUAUCGCUCUGGUCGUUCUCAACAGUGAAAUCAAACUAGCGGAGAAAGACUGUGCGUGUAAAUUAUGCAUCAAGGAUAAAGAACCACAAAUUGGUCAGUCGUGCGUCGUGGCCGGUGACGGUAGGACUCGUGAGAUCAACGGAGGCGAUAUAACCGCUGCGGAGCCGAUGAAAUGGUUCAAGCAGAAGGUCCUGCGCCAGACAUUCGACAGUCACUGCGCCUUUAUCCUGGACAGUGGAAAAUUCACCGAUUUAGAUGCCUUUAUCUGUGCUGGAGACGAGGAAGCCGAGUCCAGCUGCCAGGGCGACGAUGGCAGUGCGUUUGUAUGUUUCGACCAGCAAUCCGAUACACAUUACGCAGCGGGUAUUGUGUCCUUUGGCGCCGGUUGCGGGAAGGACAUCGGCAGUCAGUAUACGAAACUUCGGCCGUAUCUGCAGUGGAUCGGUGAUAAUUCUCCGGCGCAGAAUGUCCACGUCCAGCGGGGCUGGAUGCAUGAGAUCGCACGGUCAUUAGACGAGAAUAAACAUAGACUUGUAAAAAACUAAUCCCCCAUGUUGACCUUUUUAUAUUUUUAAUUUUGUUGAAACUUGCACACUGCGCCCGAUGACAACUAACGUUUUUUGGACAACUUUAAUGCUCCAUGACGGAUUUUACAGUAUUUUGCUUGAUGUGGAUAAAUGCCAAGGCGCUCCGUUUCGUACACUCCAUGGUUUAAGCCAGCUGAUACUGCCACUGAUUCGUUGAGUCUCUUGAGGUCCCUAUCGAAUGUCGUUUCCCUCUAAAAACUCGCAUGCGUGUUCGUUAUCGGUGAAUGUUGAUUUCCGGUGGUAUUACUUCUAAGUUUAUAAUA